AUGAAGAAAGCCUCUGUUUCUUCCCACAAUUUGGGUGUAUUGCAAACCCCGGGAGCUCCUAGUUGCCGUGAUGAAAAUGCUGGGGGCCAAAAGGGUUGGAGCUCUGAACGACUAUUAUUGCCAGGUAAAAGCAGCCAGAGGCAUCUAAGUGCUGCAUCUCUGAUGCCAUUCAAUAACCGAAGGGCAUUGCCUUCAAAGUGGGAGGAUGCCGAGAGGUGGAUUUGUAGCCCAGUUUCAGGACAGAGAAUCGGUCAAAUUUCACAUUCCCAGCCUCAAAAUCGGCCUAAAUCCAAGAGUGGUCCAAUAAUGCCUGCAGGGGUUGUGUGCUAUGCAAAUUAUUCGCCUGCAAUGGAGGGGCUUGAAGAUGGCAGUUCUAUGAGGAGUUUCCUGGUGGGCUCUCCUUUGUCAGCUGGAGUAUUGGUUGCAGAUGAUGGUCUCUUUGUUCGAUAUGGUAAAGGUGAUGUAGGACAGUCUCAUCUUGCGGAUGCUAAGAACAGUGGGGUACAAAUACAAUCAGCUUCUUUGCCUGGAUGGUCGGAGUUGUCGUUGAGUGAGCCAUCCUUGUCUGGCUCUCAAGAUGAGAAACUGGAUGGAGCUGAGCAGACCAUGGAUUCUUGUGCGGUUUUGCAGCAAGAUAUGGCUACCCAAGUGAGCCAUAAGGGUGGCAUCAACUCAUCUCCAAGAGGUGUUUCUUCAACUCCAUCGUUUCCAUCUAUAUUGGAAACACAUGGUGACAGUUCUGCAAAAGUAGAAGUCAGGAAUGUGCAGGUUGACAAACCAGCCAAAUUUAUUAGUUGGUCUAAAAGAAAAAUACCCAAUACAACUCGGAAAAGGUCUCCAUGUUUUAGAGACUUCAAUAAUGCUAUGGAAGCUCAAGCUUCAUCUUGGAAUAUCUCAGAGGCAGAAAUUAUGAGCACUUCAAUGUUGCAAAGAGAGGAAGCCAAGAUCACUGCAUGGGAAAAAUCGCAGAAAGAAAAAGCUGAAGCAGCAAUACGAAAACUUGAGGUGAAAUUAGAAAAGAAGAGAUCAUCAUCAAUGGAUAACAUCUUAAACAAGCUGAGCAUGGCAGAGAUGAAGGCCCAGAAAAUGAGAAGCGCAGUGUCAAACCACGAAGGAUAUCAGAUUCCCAAGACUUCCCGCAAGGGUGUUUCCUUGAGAAAGCUUGUGCGAAUGGGUUCCUUCCGGCGCUGCUUUACCUCCGGCCACGCGUUCUAA